AUGCAGCCCAUCCUCCUUGUCGCCACUUUUAUCCUCGCUUUUUCGAUAUUCUACUACAAAGCCAUCUAUGAAGCGAUCCGGGACCGUCUGCACUUGUACAAAGAGCUCCGAAAGUUCGACGGACCGCUCUCGCUGCCGCUCAUCGGAAACCUGUACAUGGUGAACAUUUUCAACGUGGCACAGCUCACGCACCAAGUCAUGGAGCUCGGUUUCGCGUACUGCCGCAAGGGCGCGGGAAUUGUCCAAAUCUGGGUGGGUCCCGCGCCAUUGUUGGCGGUGGUGAAUCCGGUUUACGCGAAGGAGAUCCUCGAGUCGAACGAGAUUAUCACAAAGGCCGACGAGUACGACAUACUGUUUCCGUGGCUGGGCACCGGGCUGUUGACGUCCACAGGUGAGAGAGAGAGCGAGACUGGGGAACACGUUUUUGAUGGAAACCUGAUGAAAUCGACGUCCGUCAUUUUACAGGAGACAAAUGGCGACAACGCCGGAAAAUGUUGACGCCGGCGUUCCAUUUCAAAGUGCUCAAUGGCUUCCUUACCGUUCACGAUUAUCAGGCAAAGGUUGGCGCUUUUUUCGGGUUCAAGUCGAAACAAUUCGCAUUCUCAGGUGUUCCUGGAUCAAUUGAAACCGCACGCCGACAACGGCAUCGAACUGGACAUCUACCCGCACAUCAAACGAAUGGCACUCGAUAUCAUUUGCGAGACUUCGAUGGGAACCACGAUAGACGCUCAACACAACCACAAUCAUCCGUAUGUCAUGUAAGCACGUCUCGUCGUCCACACGCACCUUACUCUGGCACGCUCAUUCACAGGUCGGUGAAGCGUCUGAUGGAAAUCGGAUUCGCCUGGCAGAUCAAGCCGUGGCUCAAGUUGAAGCCGCUCUGGUAUCUGACCGGAUACGGAUUCGAGUACGAUCGACAUCUGAAACUGGUGACCGACUUCACUAAAUUGGUGAUUCGCGAGAAAUGGGAGGAAUAUCAGCAGUUUCACCUGGAUGCUGAUAAGAAGGACAAGAGAAGUAUGGCUUUUUUGGAUUUGUUGUUGGAAUUGAGACACGAGGGACUGAUGAACGAGGAGGAUAUUCGCGAAGAAGUCGACACUUUUAUGUUCGAGGGUGAGCUCAGUUGCCCUGUAGAAAUAUCGAAAAGUGAUGCGAAAUGUGUUAAUGAGCGACUUAUUAGUUGACAACUUUUCGAUAUCCACACUGGUACCGUAGCUGAUACCGUUUCUCUGCAGGCCACGACACAACCUCCUCUUCGAUGGGCUGGACCCUCUGGUGCAUGGCCCACAAUCCUGACAUUCAAGAAAAAGUGAUCGAAGAAGUGGAUCGGAUAUUCGGCUCUUCUGACAGAGAUUGCACGAACGACGACCUGAAACAAAUGAAAUAUCUGGAAAAGUGUCUGAAAGAGUCGCUUCGAAUGUUCCCUUCUGUUCCGUUUUUCGGCAGAAAAGUCGAGGAGGAUGUGGUCAUCAGUAAGCUACUUUUGCUUAAGACUUCAGGAUCCAUUUCCACUUGCAGAUGGUGACCUCCUGCCGAAAGGCGCCCGAAUACUUGUGGUGCCGCUCAUUCUGCAACGCAACCCGCUUCUCUUCGAGAAUCCGAACGUCUACAAUCCGGAAAACUUUUCCGAGGAGAACAUUGGCAAAAGACACGCCUACGCGGACGUUCCGUUCAGUGCGGGACCGCGGAAUUGCAUCGGCCAAAAGUUUGCGAUAAUGGAGGAGAAGACGGUCAUUUCGUGGUUCUUCCGCAAGUACCGAGUGAGUGCGAGCGCCGCGUUCGACGAUAAUCACAUUCUGCCGGAGCUGAUUCUCAAGUCAUCGCUCGGGUUUCCGGUCACCAUUCAUCAUAGACACGUUGCUGUUUGA